AAACGGUGAAAACAAGCAGAAGACUCUCUAUUGUUCUUCUUCUUCCAUAAAAUCAUUCCUUGACUUUGAUAUCUUUUAUAAAAUCAUUCCUCGUAGAACAAUAUUUAUAUAAAUAAAAGGGCAGAGGCAGACUGGGACUCCUUCAAACGCUUUAACAAAAACAAGAAGAAAAUCUAUUUCCUCUAAUGGCGUACGUAGAAAGAGGUGUUGUUAAAUCCAAACGAUCUUUAUGGAGAUUGAGAACAUUCAUUGACUUUUUCUGGGGCAUUGUCAAUUUCAUUCGAGUGUUUUUCACUACAAUGUUCUCGAUGGAGAAAUCAGAUGCAUACAAGAAAGGCUCAGGCGCCAGCAAGAAGUGGGAUGGUGGUGGCCCUGGAGGCCCCGGAAGUGGCCCAUAUGGCGGAGGUCCUCGUGGAGGUCCGCGUGGAAUGGACAAUGUUCGGGGCAUUGACCAUAGCUCUCUCCCUGCAUGUGGUUCUUGCUGCGGAGGUUGAAGCACUCUAAUUUCUGUGUGUCAAAGGUGACUGAGCUGGAGAUAAUUUUAAUUUUAAAGUUUAUACUUCAUUUUGUGCAUAUUCGUCACAGAUUUCUGUUACUAAAGUAUUUGUGAACUGUUGUUAUGGCUGUAACCUGUGGAAUAUCUCAGGGGUUUAUCCUGUGAACUCCUUUGAUUUCUAAUGCCGACAACCUCUAUCGUCAGAGCUGCUUGUUUGUUUAAUUGUACUGGAUUGCUUGAGUUUGAUUGCCUUCAGACUGUUAAGGUGCAAAGCAUAUGCAGUUAACUGACAGUGUAUCGCAUGUUGGGGAAUUGUUCUAGGGUAUAAUUUGUGGUUAUCAUUUGAUUUGGCACGAAUCCUUUUUGCCAGUAACGGUGUUUGUUUUGCUUAGUUGUGCCCCGUUGGAAUGUGGUUACUCAGUUUUAUGUUUAAAUUUUUCAGCAUAUCCAACAUUCAUUCCACAAGUCAAGAUUUUGGUGUCAUCUAAUUUACCAGACUGCACUGCCAGUAAAAAGGAUAAAAGUUAAAUCAAAAUUUCAUGGUAUGUAAAAUAUUGAUAAAACUCGGGAGAUACUUCUUUUCUUUGAUAUUUUACUAGUUGGUACAAAUCAAGACUUCGUGAAACUGUUUUCAUGUUUACAUCCUACAUUUAGCCUUGUUUGCCAUGGGUUUGAAAUGUUUGGUUGGUCAAAAAGGAGAAAAGUUACGGAAACAUGGUUUAGGUUCACCUAUGGCAAAACCAUGUCACAGAGAGUGUAGUAAAAUGGGGUUUUUGUUUAUCUAAAAGCAAAACAACACACAAAAAAAUAAUGUGUGGGGAACAAAAUGAACUGACAUGACUUGGU